AUGGCACUUGAGUUUCAGAAGAACACCAUGUCCGUGCCAAUGGAGCUUGAAAGUGGAGACGUUCAAGAAAACUUUGAUGAUGAUGGACGCAAAAAAAGAACAGGGACUUUGUUGACUGCGAGUGCACAUAUUAUUACUGCUGUGAUUGGUUCUGGAGUGCUAUCUCUAGCAUGGGCAAUAGCACAAUUAGGAUGGGUGGCUGGUCCUGCUGUUCUCUUUGCUUUUUCUUUCAUAACUUACUUCACUUCUACACUUCUUGUCGACUGUUACCGUUCUCCAGGACCUGUUUCUGGCGAGAGAAACUAUACUUACAUGGACGUUGUCCGCUCUCACUUAGGAGGUGUGAAGGUGACAUUGUGUGGACUCGCACAAUAUGCUAACAUUGUCGGAGUUACCAUUGGAUACACAAUAACAGCAUCUAUUAGUAUGGUGGCGGUACAGAGGUCAAAUUGUUUUCACAAAAAUGGCCACGAAGCUAGCUGCUCAAUUGAGAGCUACCCAUAUAUGAUCGUAUUUGCAGUGAUCCAAAUAAUUCUUAGCCAACUACCAAACUUCCACAAGCUCUCGUGGCUAUCAAUUCUUGCUGCUGUCAUGUCUUUUGCUUAUGCUUCUAUAGGUCUUGGACUCUCCAUAGCCAAAGUUGCAGGUGUGGGGCACCAUGUAAAGACAAGCCUAACAGGGGUGGUAGUUGGGGUGGAUGUAUCUGAAUCAGAGAAAGUAUGGAAAAGCUUCCAAGCCAUUGGAGAUAUUGCAUUUGCCUAUGCUUAUUCCACCGUUCUCAUUGAAAUACAGGACACACUGAGAUCAUCACCUCCAGAAAGCAAGGUAAUGAAGAGAGCAUCACUAGCUGGAGUUUCCACCACAACCUUGUUCUAUAUACUAUGUGGUACCAUUGGCUAUGCAGCCUUUGGAAACAAAGCUCCAGGAAAUUUCCUAACUGGUUUUGGUUUCUAUGAACCCUUUUGGCUUAUUGACUUCGCCAAUGUCUGCAUUGCUGUCCACCUUAUCGGAGCUUACCAGGUUUUCUGCCAACCAUUAUAUGGGUUUGUGGAGGCUCGAUGCAGCCAGCGAUGGCCAGACAACAAAUUCAUCAACUCUGAACACGCUGUGCAAGUUCCAUGCUGUGGCGCUACUUACAGCAUCAACUUGUUCAGGUUGGUGUGGAGAACAACAUAUGUGGUAGUGACAACCGUGAUUGCCAUGAUAUUCCCAUUCUUCAAUGACUUCUUGGGUUUGAUCGGGGCAGCAUCGUUCUAUCCAUUAACCGUCUACUUCCCAAUAGAGAUGCACAUUUCCCAGAGAAAGAUACCAAAGUAUUCUUUCAAAUGGGUAUGGCUGAAAAUACUGAGCUGGACUUGUCUCAUCGUGUCACUUGUUGCAGCCGCUGGAUCUAUCAAGGGUCUUGCCACUGAUGUCAAGCAUUACAAGCCUUUCUCAACUCAACAAUAACUUCCAGAC